AAACCCGCAAAAAACAUGAGUGUUUCUCAACUCGGGUCAAAUUUGGCGGCAGCCGACGAGAUGUCGAACUCAACGGAGCAAACCCUAGACGGCGAACCUCGACCGUCCGAUCGGAGCCCUAAAAAUCAGCUCCGAGAAGAUCAACAGCAAGCCCAAGAAUGGGAGACCCUGGCUCGAGCCUGGGUAGGUGCUUUUCCAGAAGCAAAAGCCGUGACGGAGAGCCAAGUCGAAGUCUGGAUCGAUUCCAACUUCGGCUCAUUACCAGCCGAUCUCCAAUCGAUGCCACGAUCUGAGCUCAUCGAAAGACUCCUCUCAAUCCAAAAUUACCUGAGAUUUCCCUCCCAGACCCAGGAAAGAGAACCAGGUCAGCAUGAUCUUCCACCGGCUCGGUUUCAGCGCACCGAUCAGUGGAUACCGGUCUAUUCAUGGUUAGAAUCUUUGGAUACCGAUGAAGUGGUCAAAUCGAAAGAUAUUUUGGAUUGGUUGAACGAUAACCCACAAGUCAAGGACCAAUUGUGCUCUAGGCAUUCGCGGUACCAUUUGAUGCACUACAUAAAAAAGUGCCAUUUAAAGAUAUUAAAGAGGAGGGAAAAGAAGGUUGGAUCGCAGCCCUUGAAUAAAGAAAGUGUUUUGAAAGUUCGGAAGGAUGUGGUGGCAAAAAAACCAGCACCAGUGCCAAACAAUCCUUUGAACAAUAUACCUAAAGAUAGCGACCUCUACAUAGCUAAACGGAACGAGGCUUUGCGCAAAUACGAGAUCUUAUUGGAGUUGGAGAAGAAGCUUUCACCCGUGUUCUCGAGGAAAAAAUGAAUGGAUCUGAAAUUGACAUGGAUACAACUACUCCAUGCAGUACUUGUAACCCCUUUUUUUUCUUUUCUUUUUCAGCAUUAGGUAUUGAUUUUGCAUGUGAUUAAAACAUGGUGAUACUCAUUCAUGCAAAAAUAUUACAGCUUAGGAAUCUUAUGCAAUGAUCUUUGUUCCA